GGCCUUUUAACACUUCCGGUCCGUAGAAAACUGUGAAUUGUAGUUUCUUUUCAGACGAUGUAGGUCAAAUGCUAAAUGGUUCAAAUUGCAGCCUGAACUUUGCUCCCAGUUCGAAGAGGACUCUGUCAGCAUCGAGCGCUUUAGUGGGAUGAAAGCAGUGCGUAAACUCAUGAAGGUGUUCAUAACCAGACGAAUCCCUCCAGAGGGGAUGAAAAUCCUGGCAGCGGCAGAAGGAUGUGAAGUGUCUCAGUGGGACUCAGAUGAGCCAGUACCGAGAUCAGAGCUCCUCAAAGGAGUUGAAGGAGCUCAUGGUCUUCUGUGUUUGCUGUCAGACAAGAUCGACAAAGAGGUUUUGGAUGCUGCAGGGCCAAACUUGAAAGUAAUCAGCACCAUGUCUGUAGGAUUUGAUCACUUGGUCCACAGUGAGAUCAAAAAACGAGGCAUACGUGUUGGAUACACUCCGGAUGUCCUGACUGAUGCCACUGCUGAGCUGACCGUGGCUCUGCUGCUGGCCACCUCUCGCAGAUUACCUGAGGGAGUGGAAGAGGUUAAAAGUGGGGGUUGGAGCUCAUGGAAGCCUCUCUGGCUGUGUGGUUAUGGUCUGUCUGGCAGCACAGUGGGGAUCGUUGGACUCGGACGCAUUGGAAUGGCCAUAGCUCAGAGACUUCUGCCGUUUGGGGUUAAGAGGCUACUGUACUCUGGGAGAACAGCCAAAACCUACGCUGCAGAGGUCAAUGGAGAGUUUGUUCCACUGGACACACUUGCAUCUGAAAGUGACUUCAUAGUUGUUUCCUGCUCGCUUACACCAGAAACCCAGGGCAUGUGUGACAAGGCAUUUUUUAGAAAGAUGAAAAAAACAUCAAUCUUUAUCAACUCCAGUAGGGGAGCUGUAGUAAACCAGGAGGAUCUGUAUGAGGCUUUGAGCAGUGGUCAGAUUGCUGCAGCUGGACUGGAUGUAACAACACCCGAGCCUCUUCCAACAAACCAUCCACUUCUAACAUUAAAAAACUGCGUGGUCUUACCACACAUCGGAAGUGCCACUUACUCCACCAGAGGGAUCAUGUCUGCUUUGGCGGCUCAAAACCUGCUGGGAGGUUUGCAGGGAUCAGACAUGCCCAGUGAACUCUCCCUGUAGAACUGAAACAAAUGAAGCGGUUGUGCCAACUGUCUCCUGUAGAGCGGUGUGAAAAUGGAAGUAAGAAAAUAUUAGUGAGAAUGAAAGUUUAUGCAGAUGCUUCCAGCUACAUGUUCUUCUAUCUGUGCUAUGGUAAGAGUGUUGUGCAUCAGUAACUUAUGAAUGAGGAAGACAACAGGGUUUUAUUUAGUUAUUUCAUGUUUUUUAAGUUCUUGAAGGUAAAGACAAGCAGCUAAUCAGUGGUACUUUUGUAACAAAUUAUGUUUUCCUAAUUGAUGCUAAUUCAUUUCCUCUAAACCAGAUUAACUGAUUAUUCUUUUUUCUUUCUUCACUUCAUUUCUUUGCCUUUUUUAUCAUUACUGUACUUCUAAGUAAUAACUAGAAAUAAAAUAAAAUACUGA